ACUAUAGUUUACUGGACAUUGCCCUGUGCUCUAGGUUAUUUUAGUCUCGAGACGGGCGAGCUUUGUUGCGGUAACAUAACGCCUCAACCUCAACCUCACCCUUGCCUCUCGUCGACUUUUUCUACCUCGACCUCCCCCUUCCACUCUCCACAAUCUGUGUGUCCCCAAUUGCACUUCCACACAACCCCCAUCAUGCUUUCCAGUCGCUUAAUAUCACGAGCUAUUGCUCGCCCUGCCUUUCAGAAGUCUACGCUUCCCAGCAUCAUUGCCUCCCCUUCGCUGUCGCGAUGGAGCCGCGGAUAUGCCUCUGCAGCUGAGGAGAAGGAUCUCGUUGUUAUCGGUGGUGGCGUUGCUGGCUACGUCGCCGCUAUCAAGGCUGGACAAGAGGGCAUGAAGGUUACCUGUAUUGAGAAGCGUGGCUCCCUCGGUGGAACCUGCUUGAACGUCGGUUGCAUUCCCUCAAAGUCUCUUCUCAACAACUCGCAUCUCUACCACCAGAUUCUCCACGACACCAAACACCGCGGUAUCGAGGUCAGCGAUGUCAAGCUCAACCUGGCCAACUUCAUGAAGGCCAAGGAAACCUCCGUCUCUGGUCUUACCAAGGGUAUCGAGUACCUCUUCAAGAAGAACGGAGUUGAGUACAUCAAGGGUGCUGGCUCUUUCGUCAACGAGCACGAGGUCAAGGUUGACCUCAACGAGGGCGGUGAGACCAGCGUUCGUGGUAAGAACAUUCUGAUCGCUACUGGAUCCGAGGCUACUCCUUUCCCCGGCCUUGAGAUCGACGAGAAGCGCGUCAUUACCAGCACCGGUGCUAUUGCCCUUGAGAAGGUCCCUGAGACCAUGACCGUCAUUGGUGGUGGUAUUAUCGGUCUUGAGAUGGCUUCCGUCUGGUCGCGACUUGGAUCUAAAGUCACUAUCGUUGAGUUCCUCGGCCAAAUUGGUGGUCCUGGCAUGGACUCUGAGAUCGCCAAGAACACCCAGAAGAUCCUUAAGAAGCAGGGUCUUGAGUUCAAGCUCAACACCAAGGUCGUUAGUGGUGACAAGUCGGGCGACAAGGUUAAGCUUGAGGUUGACUCUGCCAAGGGUGGCAAGGUCGAGUCUAUCGAGUCCGAUGUUGUCCUAGUUGCCAUUGGACGACGACCCUACACCGCUGGCCUCGGCCUUGAGAACAUUGGCCUUGAGGCUGAUGACCGUGGCCGUGUCGUGAUCGACUCCGAGUACCGAACCAAGAUCCCCCACAUCCGAUGUGUUGGUGACUGCACCUUCGGACCUAUGCUUGCCCACAAGGCUGAGGAGGAGGCCGUUGCUGUUGUUGAGUACAUCAAGAAGGGAUACGGCCACGUCAACUAUGGCGCCAUCCCCUCAGUUAUGUACACCCACCCCGAGGUUGCCUGGGUUGGCCAGAGUGAGCAGGACCUCAAGAGCCAGAACAUCCCUUACCGAGUCGGAAGCUUCCCUUUUGCCGCCAACUCUCGAGCCAAGACCAACAUCGACACCGAGGGUAUGGUUAAGAUGCUUGCUGAUCCCGAGACCGAUCGCAUUCUUGGAGUCCACAUCAUCGGCCCUAACGCUGGUGAGAUGAUUGCUGAGGGUACUCUGGCCCUCGAGUACGGUGCUUCCAGCGAGGACAUUGCCCGAACCUGUCACGCCCACCCCACACUCGCUGAGGCUUUCAAGGAGGCCGCCAUGGCCACUCAUGCCAAGGCCAUCCACUACUAAGCAAUGCUUGAGCGGUCGAGAUUAGUUGGAUAGGUUGCUGCGCGCCAACGGCUUGAAAUGUGUCGGUCUGGUAGCAGCAGGUCUCUUCUGUGCUUUCUGCGGCGAUGAAUAGACACUCUUCAAUGUAUAGGUUUGAAAAGACUGUCUGUAGUCGCUAAGAGCGUACCUAAAAUAUCACACAGGGUCACUAAGAGGCUUCGCAAAGAUAGUGCGAACGGGAUAGAGCCCGGGGCGUCUCGGACUCUGGGUUGUGUAAACUAGUAAUAAUUUCUGUCUUCAAGCAUGAUGAAUGGAAACUACACGGCAAGAUGCGUGGCCUGCGUUUGAAACGUAUUAGUUAAGCAUUGAAUGGGUGAAGAGCAAACAAUGAUAGAAACUACAACCGCAUGCGUUUAUGUAUCGCUUUGCGUAUAUGCCC